AAUUUCUGGCGUGAAGGACCAUUUUGAAAUUUCCCCAUUAUUUCCAAUGAUCCAAUGUCACAGAAUAUUUUUAAUUAUACAAUAUCAUAGCACAUGCAAUGUAUCCCGAUUAUAGCAACCAUCAUGUGAUUCAGAUCCCGUCAAUGAUAAUAUUCCCACUAACUCAUUCAUUGCUUUCCGCUACAACGGGUAACCUCAUUUCCAGUUGCGUUUCUUCAAAGCGGAAACGGGCCAUGGACGCCGCCGCUAAUCCCGGCUCUUUCUCCUCCGCUUCCAACCCUCACCGUCCCAAUCCUUUGGUCUUCUCAGCCGAUUAUCCGCCCAGAAUCUCCCUCACUCCCGAUCAAUUUAACCACUGUUCUCAGGCUCUCAAAUAUUUUUCUGAGAAGCUCCAAAUGCCCCAUGAAAUCAACCGAGAGUUCUCUCACUUGCAGGCAAAUAGGAUUAGACCUUCGGAGAUGACAAGGAGCUGUACAGUGGGUCUUAACAGUGUCAAUUUGGACAAGAAUCGAUACUCUGAUGUCGUACCAUUUGACAAUAAUAGGGUAGUUCUUAAUUCAUGUAAAGACUACAGACCAGCUGCAAAGGGUUAUAUCAAUGCGAGCUUCAUCACGACUUCUUCCUCGGAAGACAUUUCGCAGUUUAUAGCCACGCAAGGUCCAUUGCAACACACCUAUGAGGAUUUCUGGGAGAUGGUGAUCCAGUGCCAUUGCCCUGUGAUUGUGAUGCUUACUCGUUUGGUUGACAAUUAUAAGAUAGUAAAAUGUGGAGAUUAUUUUCAAGCAGAAGAUGGUCCUAGACAGUUUGGCAAUAUCUGUAUUGGUACUAAAUGGAUACAAGCGACAAAAACCUCAUUAUUGCUACGCAACUUGGACGUAAAUUAUAAGGAGGUGAAGUAUAUUUACCGAGGAGUUUGGCUGGCUCAAGUUGAGUGUGCUAUAGUUAAGAAAAUAUUGGCCUGGAAGAUUUUGCAUCCUCCUCUCCCCUGCAGGGUAAAAAAGAAAAACAAAAAAAUGUAUUCCAUGGUAAAGUCAGAGGACCCACCAGUAUCAGUUUUGCACAUUCAAUAUCCUGAAUGGCCUGACCAUGGAGUUCCCACCAACACACUUGCUGUCCGUGAAAUCUUGAAAAGAGUAUUACAAGUACCAGCAAAUCUUGGCCCAAUAGUGGUGCACUGCAGUGCAGGUAUUGGGAGAACUGGAACAUUCUGUGCAAUUCAUAACACAAUCCAGCGAAUCCUGAUUGGAGACAUGUCUGCUUUAGACCUUGCUACUACCGUAUCUACAUUUAGGUCUCAGCGUAUUGGAAUGGUUCAAACCAUGGAUCAAUAUUUUUUCUGCCACAAAGCAAUUGUUGAUGAAUUGAAAGACCUCAUCUCGGAGUUCCGUGGUGAAUUCAGUUCAAAAUGGUAUGCUCAUCAAGUCCGUUGAAUUUCCUGAAUUGUUACAGAAUUGUUUAUUACGUGAGAAUGUUCUAGAUUUCUCCCAACUAAAGCUGAUUUUGCAAAGGUACUAGAAGAGCCAUUUGCUUGUUUCUCUGAAGUUGGAGAAAUGCAUGUUUAAUUAUGCUUCUGGAAUAUCCAUGUGCUUGUAAAACUUCCUCGAAUUGCAUGGCAUCCUGGAAAUAAAGAACAUUGCUAAUCAAUUGAUUCAGUUGACCUUAUUUUCAAGAUUGCAGGAGUUACUUGCAAAAUUUAGGAAUAUGAACAAAAAUAAACUGUUUUACCCAACCUCAUAUCUGUUCCUCACCCGGGUCAUGUGGAAAGACUUUUCUGCAUCUUAACUAUCAAAAAAAUUAUACUUACAUGAGAUUUAUGUAGUUUUGGCAAUCAGUUUCCUAAUUGCAGACUAUUUGUUGAUCAAGUAUUUCUAGAUUAAUGGUAUUUCUCUAUGUUCAAGUCA